ACGACCAAUAAAAAAAGCAUCAACAACAAACAUGGCAACUCUGCCAUGCCGAAAACGAAUUAGUAAUGCAAUUAGAUCUAUUUCCAAUAUUUAUGGAUCUAAUCAUUCUAAUGCAUUGUGUAGGACUCUCUUCUCUAAAUUUAAAAUACCACUGUGUAGCAGAUUAAGUUCUAAUUGUCGAACUUCUAAACUGAAGCAGUUGUUCGGAGAUUUAUUUUUGUUAUCAUUGGCAGGAGUUAAAACAGUUCAGAAUCAGGAGAAUCAGACUCAGACUCAGACUGUCACUGAGAAAGAGGUGCUUUCACAAACAGAGAAUGGUAUUCAAAUUGAACAAAAUCGAAAUGUAACAAACAAACAAACUGGUGAUAACUUAUCUUUCAUUGGUGCUUCUUCAAGGUUCAAAGUUACCAAGGAUUUUGAAGCCAAUGAUCCCCAACUUAGCAGUUCACAGUGUUUGAAAAAUGCAGUUGGUCUUGCAGUUGAUGCAACCUCUGCUGUCUUGUCCCAGACUUUGUAUCAAAUAAUAGAUGCUGAACAAGAGUAUCUGCAAUUAGUCAGUGUAUUGGUCACACUUUUGGAAUACCAGAUUCAAGUGUUAGGUCAUGAGAUAGAAGAACAGAAAAUGUCUGAUCUCGUUGUAGAGGCCCGAAGUGAAAUGAAUCAAGCCCAUGAAAGGAAACAGGAGCUUGACAUACUGUUUUCAUCUGUAGAGAAAUUGGCUGAGGCCACAAGUGAAGUAGCUUUUGCUGCAGGAGCAGAUUACGCCUCCGUAAGUUCCAGUGAAAGACUCCGCAGUGCCUUGAUGGAGAAAAAGCGUCUACAGCAGCAGUCUGAGGCAGCUGAACACAAACUGCAUUUAAUGCAAGCUACUGUCAUUGAAAAAACAAUGAAGCAGCAGGAAAGUUUAAAACGUAAAAAGAAAGCAAAUCAAACAGCGGUUUCAGAUCUUAACCAACUGAACCAGAUAAAUGAAACAUAAUAUCAUAUCAAUUUGUUUUUCUGUUUAAAUAAAAAAUAUAACAAUA